GGUUCCUGAGUACAGGGGACCAGGCGGCUAAAGGGAAUUAUGGAUUGUUGGACCUGAUCCAGGCUCUGCGUUGGACCAGCGAGAACAUCGCAGCCUUCGGUGGCGACCCGUUACGUAUCACUGUGUUCGGGUCAGGCGCCGGAGGUUCCUGUGUAAACCUGCUCACUCUGUCUCACUACUCUGAGGGCAACCGCUGGAGCAACUCCACCAAAGGCCUGUUCCAGAGGGCGAUCGCCCAGAGUGGCACCGCUCUGUCCAGCUGGGCUGUCAGUUUUCAACCAGCCAAGUAUGCCCGGAUGCUGGCCCGUAAGGUCGGCUGUAACCUUGAAGACACUGUAGAGCUUGUGGCGUGCCUUCAGAGAAAACCUUACAAAGAGCUGGUGGAUCAGGACAUACAGCCAGCCCGCUACCACAUCGCCUUUGGGCCGGUUAUUGAUGGGGAUGUUAUACCGGAUGACCCUCAGAUUCUUAUGGAGCAAGGUGAGUUCCUCAACUAUGACAUCAUGCUAGGAGUAAACCAAGGGGAGGGCCUUAAGUUUGUGGAGCUCAUUGUGGACAAUGAAAACGGCGUCCAGGCAAACGACUUUGACUAUGCCGUGUCCAGCUUUGUGGAUGACCUCUAUGGCUACCCAGAAGGCAAAGACAUCCUCAGAGAGACGAUCAAGUUCAUGUACACAGAUUGGGCGGACAGGCACAACCCGGAGACCCGUAGGAAGACACUCCUGGCACUUUUUACUGAUCACCAGUGGGUGGCGCCGGCUGUUGCAACAGCUGACCUGCACUCCAGCUUUGGGUCACCAACAUACUUUUAUGCCUUCUAUCACCACUGCCAAACAGAACAGGUUCCACCGUGGGCGGAUGCAGCACACGGAGAUGAGAUCCCUUAUGUGUUUGGCCUUCCCAUGAUUGGACCAACAGAGCUGUUUCCCUGCAACUUCUCCAAGAAUGACGUCAUGCUCAGCGCUGUGGUCAUGACCUACUGGACUAACUUUGCCAAGACAGGGGACCCCAACCAGCCGGUCCCCCAGGACACCAAGUUCAUCCACACCAAGCCCAAUCGCUUUGAGGAAGUGGCCUGGACUCGCUACAACCAGAAAGACCAGCUUUACCUGCACAUUGGCCUGAAGCCGCGGGUCAAAGAGCACUACCGAGCCAACAAG